AUGAAUAAUGGAAGAGGAUCUCAUGGAAAUCUUGGGCGUGACAGAGAAAAAGGAGACAAUAAAAGAUACAUGGAGGAAAUAAGAAAGAAAGAGGAAGAAGAACGUAAGAAAUUAGAGGAAGAAGAACGUAAGAAAUUAGAAGAAAAGAAUAAAAAUAAAAGAGAAACUGUAUAUAAUAGAAAGUAA